ACAGCUCCGCUGCUAAACCCGAGCAGAGAGCGGAGCAUCAGCGUGCGGUUGCGCCAGGGGAGUGGGGUAUGGCGGGGUGGCUGUUUCUGGCAGUAGUGCUGCUUCGUGCCGCGUUAAAGUGCUUGGCAAACUUACUAGUUGAUAAAAAUAAUGUGUAAUGAGGGACCCAGGAGUUAGGCAUCGUUAGGGCUAAUAAACAGGUUGAUAAAGAGUGUGUGUGUCAAAUCUAAACGUGGCUUAGCCUUUCCUCUUUGUUACGCCUGUGUGUUUGUGCUUUCUACAUGCUACUUGGUCUAAUAGAGGAUAAUAUUUUUCUCUACAAACCAGAGUUCCCAUAGUUAAAAUACAGGACUAGGUAAUUGUUUACUAAUAAGUUUAUGGAGAGACCGUAGCUCAAAACUUAAUCCUGAGGGAAGGCCAGAUCUGGAUCUAGAGGAUGGACUUGGAAAUGCUCUCUGUUUUGACAAUACAGCUAUUUCAAGAAAGAAGGAAUGAAGUGAAUCCUUUGUGUAAUUGUAUCUGGGACUGGAUUUUUCAUAAAUGAUUUAUGCUUUAAUCUCUGUGAUCUCAAUGUAAGGAUAACUGAGUGAACGCUUUAGCUAAGUAGCUUCCCUUUUCUGGUCUUAAGUUUCAAUAUGCAUUUCCACCAUUGUACUGCCUACGUGAUGAUAUGGUUGCAUAAUGUUUUUAACAACGGUAUUAUUCCGAAAGAGAAUUCCUGGAAAGCAAUGGAUUGGGAAGUACAGGCGACCAAGAGUGGUUACCCUUGCAAUGAAGCAAGCAAUGAUCCAAAGGUUGGAGAUUGAAGCAGAGAAUGAAUAUUGGCUGAGUCGACCUUACCUGACGCGGGAACAGGAGUACAAACAUAACACAGAAGAGAGACGUGCAAGAUGGGAGGCUUUCAAAAGCCGGGUGAGAGCCAAGUUGCCUGAGCACAGAUACAUCAGUGAUGACUUAAACCACUUAAAUGUGACGAGAAAGUGGACAGCUUGAAUAAUACGGCGUAUUUGCAUUUGGCAUGUAUUAUGUGCUACCAUGGCAUCUGGUGUUGUACCUAGUAUGGUAGUUUUGUAAUUCAGUAUAAUAUGGGUGGAUGGCAAAUGAGCCUUUGCUGCAGUGUACAAAAUCUUACAUUAAAGGAGGCCUGUGGAGCAGUG